CCGUCAGCGCGGGGAGGGGCGGGGGCCCGCGGGGCAGCGCGGCGGGACCGGGAGCGGCGGGACCGGGACGGGGAGCGGGAGUGGCGGGAGCGGGACCGGCACCGGGAGCGGCGGUGGCGGCGGGGGCCGCGCCGCGCCAUGGCCCAGCAGCAGAUGAGCAGCUCGCAGAAGGCGCUGAUGCUGGAGCUGAAGUCGCUGCAGGAGGAGCCGGUGGAGGGCUUCCGCAUCACCCUGGUGGACGAGUCCGACCUCUACAACUGGGAGGUGGCGAUUUUCGGGCCCCCGAACACCCUCUACGAGGGCGGGUACUUCAAGGCUCACAUUAAAUUUCCUAUUGACUAUCCAUAUUCACCACCUACCUUCAGAUUCCUGACCAAAAUGUGGCACCCCAACAUUUAUGAGAAUGGAGAUGUAUGUAUUUCAAUUCUUCACCCACCUGUAGAUGACCCACAAAGUGGAGAGCUGCCAUCCGAGAGGUGGAACCCUACCCAAAACGUCAGGACUAUCUUAUUGAGCGUAAUCUCUUUGCUUAAUGAGCCCAACACAUUCUCUCCUGCUAAUGUGGAUGCAUCAGUCAUGUUCAGGAAAUGGAGGGACAGUAAAGGAAAAGACAAGGAGUACGCUGAAAUCAUAAGGAAACAGGUUCUGGCUACCAAAGCCGAGGCAGAGAAGGAUGGUGUGAAGGUCCCCACUACGCUGGCAGAGUACUGCAUCAAAACUAAAGUGCCUUCCAAUGACAACAGUUCAGAUUUGCUUUAUGACGACUUGUACGACGACGACAUUGAUGAUGAAGAUGAGGAGGAGGAGGAUGCCGACUGUUACGAUGACGAUGAUUCUGGCAAUGAGGAGUCGUGACCUGCUCCCUCUAUGCCCCUGUACUGCCCUGCCGACUCAGGCCAGAAGGGAGCAGUGGUAACCUAGCAGCAGUCCAGCAAAAAAGUGUGGGGGGGGGAUCAAAAAAAAACUUUUUGUCUCCUGCUGUCUCCUGUUGUAUGGAUCUGUUCGCUCCUUUUUUAUGGACCUCUUAGAGACCCUCCACAGAAUGUCUGAAUUCUUGCAUUCUUAACCCUUUCAUCACUGUAUUACGAUUUCUUUUUAAAAAAGAAACUCCCCUUUUCACUUCUACGAAACGCUCACAGCGAAACAGGUUUGCUCGCGUUUAGAUUCUUGAAUUAAAUACAGUCUUGCAUUGAGGUGUUUAUUGUAUUUAAAGCUGGAACAAAUCCAUUGGAAGCUGGGUUUUCAGGAGCUCAAGUGCUGCAUUUACUGGGAAGAAAAAAAAUCCACACAAAGCAAAUUGCCAAGGUUUAGCUGCUCCAUUUAAAAUAAUAGCGUGUGUACAUUCGUUUAGCUUUGUGGUGGUGGCUUUUCCUUUAUAAGGUGUGGGGCGGAGAGUGUAAAGCUAAUGUGUGUUGAGCUUGAUGGGAUGUUACUGAAAGGUACAGUAUUCCUUUUCAGCCUACUCAAGUUAGGAAAUAGCUGGCCCCUGGAGCCCCAGAGGGCACAGCUAGCUUUGUCGCUGAAAAAGGCUUGUGAUAUGAACCCUAAAAUAAACACUUAACACUUCAUGUCUGUACAACUGACCCCUGGGUUGCUAUUUAUUUUUUUUUUUUCAGACUAAGUUGAGGUUCAAAAAGUUCAGUUUAGCCAUGCUGCUGAAAUCUGCCGCAUGCUGCCCCUCUCCAGCAGGCCAGCAUUCCUCCUGAGCUGCUGUUUGGCAGUGGGAGAGUCCAAUGGCCUCCUGCCCCAGUGCUCAAUUCCUGCAGCCCAAAUCCAGUACUGGCUUGAGCCCUCUUUCUGUUGGUUUUGUAGGUCACACACUGGUAAAUGCAGCUCUGCUGCAGCCCUCUGGGCUCUGCAGGGUUGGCAAAAGUCAAAGCUGCCUUUGGUGCUUACCGGGGGUGGCCAGGCUGACCCUGUGCCCACAGUGGCUGCUGUGGCUGGGGCAGAGGGGGGAUGUAUGUGAGCCCUGCCUGGCUGGGGCAUGGCUGAGUGUGUGCAGCCCCCCAGGAGGGGGGUACUCAGUGCUUUCAGGAUGGCAGAGAAGGCCAGGGGCAAGGUUUGACAGGCUGUUGAGCAGCAUGCUUCAGCCAGUGCACUGAGCUUACCCUCCUGCAUGUUUUUGGCAGCUCUUGGCAGAGCUUAGGGCCUUCCCUUGUGGGCAGGGGGGAUCCUGCAUGCUUGUCUCUGCAGAACCUUCUUUCUCAGUCCCUCAGUACCCUCACCCUGUUGCAGUGUGCUCUUGUUCAGCUGUGGUGCAGUGGCCCAAAUUCAUCUUUCGCAUGAUCCCUUGAUCAGCAGCCAGCCCAGCCCUCCUGUGCUGAGCCCUGGCACCUCCAACAGGAGCAGAUCUGAGGCGCUGGCCCUGCUUGGGCAAGGCCCGCCCCUGCCAGAGGGUACAGAGGCAGUUACCCUGGAAAGAGCUGUGGGCUUGGGCAUUUCUUCAUGCCUCCCCUUCAUAUAUCUCAGGGCUUUCAAUGGUACGUCACCAGCUGUGGUCCCUUGAGGGGUACUUGGUGGGAGUAAAAUUUGUUCUGUGAUCAGGUCUGUGUCUGUGUCCUGGGGCGAGAAGUGGGAUAAGACUGAGCAAGCUUGAACUGUGCUGCCUGGAGGGAGAGGAGGGGAAGGCAGCCCUUGGGACAGGGAGGAAGGCUGGUGGGGCUCUGAAGUGAGCAAGGCAGAUGUGUUUUCAAAAUGUUGCUUGGCUGGGAUUUGCUGGAGCAGGGCCAAUCCCUGCUCCUCUGCCCCAGGGUGUGCUGAUGCUGCAUCCCUCUGCCCCCGGCAGAGUAAAGGCAGCCCAAGUGGUGAUACCUUGUCCCCCAGAGCUCCCUGCACUGGUCUGCCCUCCUGCUUGCAUGUUACCUGGGGAGGCAGCUGGACCCCGCCUGAACUGUCCUGCAUGGGCUGCUUCAGCUCGCCCUUCCAGCAAGGACUGACUCAGCCCCUGGCAGCGGGGCUCCCCUGCGCCUAGUGAUGGCGUGGGGCACCCUGCAGCGUCACUCCAGCCCUGGGAGGGCAGUGCCCUAAGGUGGCACAUGGGUCCCUGGGCCUGGGGCUGCGGGACUGGUCUUGGGGCUGCACCAGGACAAGGGCACCAACCCACAGCUUUCAGGGGGCUGUUGGGGGGCGGGGGCUUGAGGAGUAGCAACAUGGCAAUGCUGGCUGUGCUGAUGAGUUGGUUUGAAACGAGGAUACUGCAUCUUUCAGGAUUUCCCUUGUACUUUUGACCGUCUUCACUGUAUACUCUCCAGUGACUUGUACUUUCAAGCUUGAUGUUGUAAGAUGCAUUAUCAUGACUUUUCUGUUACCCUUUUUUAAAGACAAAAGCACCCUAUUUUGAGAGCUCCUACAGUAACCAGACUAAUUUCUCUUCCCCACUGUCCUGUGCAGUGUCAUUGCUUGUUGACUUGCUGGUUUCCUUUUUUUUUUUGAGCUACAAACUGAAGGUAUAAGGGUUUUUUGAAACUAUUUAAGAUAUUGCAGGAAAAUGUUUACCUGAUCUGGGUAUUCUGGAUUUUUUUCUUAACCUUUUUCUCCUGUCUCAGCCAAUAUUAGCGUUUACAUUUGCAACGACACACCCCCUUCCAAUGCAGUUUUCAACCAUUCUGAAACCAGCAGGGUACACUAGAUUUCUUAGUAGUUUUCUUAGCUGAAAUCCCAGAUGUUUUCCUUUUUUUCUUCAGUAUAAUUUACCAGAAAGAAUUAACUGAUGCAUUUUUGUGUUGUCUUCCCCUUCAGUAGUUAUAUUUUGUCUUUUCUGCACAUCUGUCUACUAAUAAAAAAUGUGAAAUGAAAA